GCCACCGUUUAAACCCUUCAAUCCUCCAUAAACCCACUUUUCCUCAAUGUUAAUCCUGUUUUCGAGACAAAAGUUUGAUUUUUGGGAUAAAAUCUUUACGUACAGGGACGGAUUUUUUGAAUUCAACAAGGAAAGAAGAAGUUGACUGCUACGGGUUGAAUUUAGCCGUACAUUCAUCGAUUACAUCGUUAUGCCAUCGGGUCCGAAGAAGAGGAAGGCGGCCAGGCGCAAGAAGGAGAUGGCUCUCCGCCCUGCAAAUCCUGCUGCUCCUCCUCGGGAUAGUGAGCAACACGAUGAUCCGGUGCCCGUUGAGGACAACAAGGAGAACGACGGUGGAUCCCCCGCAUCUUCCUCCUCAUCUUUAAGUCGGGAGAACCACCGUUUUCGAUCUGCCGAAGCGUUGUUAGGGUCUGAAGCUGUUGAGUUUGUUAGCAGAGCAGAAGAUGCGGAGAGCGGUAAAGGAGCAACCUUGGCCGAGGAAGAUGACGAGGGGUCUGUUGUUGUGGGAAAUGAUUUAGCUUUUACGAAUGCGGCUGAGUCCAUCGCUGGAUCAGAAGAUUCGGCUUUAGAAUUCGCUGAAUCUGAAAAGGAAGAUGAGAAACCUGCCGAGGAGACGGCUGUUGACGUCGAAAAUAUUGUUGCUAUGACUGAAGAGCGGGGGCCGACUGAUGAGGUUGCUGCUAAGUGUUUUGAGGAGACUUCGGGCGAAGCCGCAGCGAAAGUAGUGCCGCUUCGUGAUGCGGAUGAGGCCCUCGAACAGCUCGGCGAGGAGAAUCAUGAAGCCCGCAGUGUUGAUGGGAAAACUGAGACUUUGCCGACCGCUGAGGUUGAGCUCCCUGCUACACCUUUGCAUCACGCAACCUGGUGGAAUUGCUGCGGCUUGCUUGAUGUUUUUGCAGGUUCUAGGAGAUAGAUUCAGGUAAAUAUUCUAGUCAGAGAACUCGGUAGAGAGUGGCUCUUUGGCCAGAAUUCAUCUUGUGCUCUGCAGGUCAAAUUUCUUAUAUCUAUGUAAUCCUGCAAUUGUAUUGCAUUGGUAAACUUGUUCUCUACCUGUAGCAAACGUGAUUUUGCAUGCUUAUUGCUUCAACUGUACAUGGAUGUUCAACUUAUGUUUGCAUUUUCAAAUCUAAUAUUUGGAAAAGCCUUAAAAAUGAAGUCAAGUUACAACGAUUUUGGUGAAAGUUUGUCAGAUCCUGAUUAGAGUUAAAUGUUAUUUUCAGGACUGCUGAAAUGAGAAUAGGCAUAAAUGAAUUGAAUGAGCAAUUGCCUUAACCGGACACAUGUACUUUAACAAAAUUGAUAUCUGAGAAGGAUGUGGGUGAUAACAACUAUAGGUCAGUGGAUUGAAAUGUUGAGAAAUAUGGAGUAUAAUUUCAGAGCAAGUUGCUUUGGAACUAAAUAAGGAUAAAUGUGGAGAUUGUCAUCCAACUUAGAUUAAGAGCAGACAAAUAUUAAAUAAGAUUAUGAUGGUCAUAUUAGUCUAUGCUACAGGAAAUUGGUUAUCAGCAAUGUGAUAAUUUAGAAUUUAUGAGGAUGGAUGAAUUGGAAUAUUACAUGUGCAGAUACCUCUAAUUGAAUGAAGCUUCCUGGAGAAGGAUUU